AUGGUUCGAUUUUGUAAAUCCGAUAAAUUGUUAAUAAACCAUGUGGAGCUAAAAUACAUAUGCCUGUGUUAUAUAUUUUUAUUAUUGAGUAUUUUUAUAUGGUAUAUAUUUAAGAAGUAUCAUGAGAAUAGAAUAAAUAAAAAACAUAAAUGGAAAGAUAUUGAUGGUAGUCAUAAGAAUGAGAAGACCGAAUUUUUUAAUUAUAUUUAUGAAUGUUAUAAUGAUAAUGAUGAUGUGAUAAUUAGACAAGAAGGAUAUAAAAAUAGUUUAUGUGGAUUUCUUCUUAAGAAUAUAUCUAUAGUAUCUUAUUUAUUAACACAUUUUAUUAUUAUAUUAUUAAUUGGAAAUGAAUAUUGUAUAAAACAAAAUGGUGAAAUAUUAUGGAAUGAUAGAGCAUUUGUAUUUUUUAUAUUUUUAUUAUUAUGUUUUAUUAUAACAUAUGCUAUAUUAACAGUUAGAAAACACAUGCAUAGUAUUUUUUUAAAACCAUCUCUUUUAAAAGAUAGUGAUUAUGUUUUAGUUUAUACAAAAAAUGAAGACUACACAAAUUCAUAUAAAAAUAUAUUCAAAGAAAGUUAUGUUUAUAUUACAAAUGCUUUUAUAAAAUGGAAUAAAAAAAUAUAUAAAUAUUCUUAUAAAAAUAUGAAGUUAUUUCAUUAUUAUCAAAUCAAGGUAAAACACUUUUUUUUUUAUUUUUUUAGUUCUACAGAUAAAAAAAAAAAAAAAAACGAUUAUAUAAAAAAUUCAUAUAAUGAUCAAGAUGAUGAUGAUGAUAUUCAAAAUAAAAGUAAUAACUAUUAUUAUUCAAAUAUAUAUAAAAAUAAUUCAUAUUAUAAUAACUCUUAUCAUAAAAAAAGUAUAUCAAACCAAUAUUCUAAUAGGAGACUAAGUAAUAACUCUGUGUAUACAAAAAAUGUAUUAAGAAACCAAGACAAUAAUUUAGGUUAUUAUGAGGAGAAUCAAAAUGAAAUAAAUAAAAUGAAUGGAAUAGAUAAUGUAUAUAAUAUAGAUAGAUUAAAUGUAAUGAAUCAAGGGGAUGAUAAUAAUUAUGAUAAUGAAGAAAGAGAAAUACAUGAAAAAUAUUCUUUUAAUAAAAAUAAUGAAUAUGAUGAUAAAUAUAAUGAUCAUUAUGAUGAUCACUAUGAUGAUCACUAUGAUAAUCACUAUGAUGAUCAAUAUGAUGACCACUAUGAUGAUCAAUAUGAUGAUAAAUAUUAUAAUCAAUAUGAUGAUGACAAUAUUGUUUUUGGAUCUAAACGUUUUUCUUAUAAAAAAAAAGGGAAAAAAAAAAAAAAGAGUCUAUUGGUGACUAGCCAAAAUAAUACAAGAAGAUACAUAGAAAAUAAUCUUAAAGUUCAUAAAGUAAGAGUACGAAUUAACGAAAAAAAUGUUAGAUAUUUUUUUUUUAGAAGUAUGAAAUAUAUAUAUAAUGAAGAAAAAGAUUGUUUUUAUAAUAUAUCACAUAGUAUAGAAGAAAAAGUAAGAAAUCUUGAUUUUAAUUAUAUAUUAAAAAAAGGAGGUUUAAAUAAUAAUGAAAUUAUUAAUAAUAUUAAUGAAUAUGGAUAUAAUAAUAUCCAUUUAGAAUUUUAUUCUUUUUUUAAAAAUUUAAAAAGAGAAUUAUUAGAUGGAAUAUAUAUGUUUCAAUUAUUUAUUAGUUAUAAGAAUUUUUUCUGGAAAGAAAUUAUAACUUCCUUAAUAUGGUUAAUUAUAUCAUUAUUAAGUGUAAUUAAGAAGAUAUUUAAAAAUCAGAAAAAUAAAAAAGAAAUAUAUGAAAAUAUACAAGCAAAUAAUAAUACCUUUGUAACAGUUUAUAGAAAUUCGAUAGUACAACAAAUACCAUCAAAUAAUUUAACUAUAGGUGAUAUUAUAAUUAUAAAUUCUAAAAUGACUUUACCUUGUGAUUGUCUAUUAUUAACAGGAAAUGUAUUAGUAGAUGAAAGUUUAUUAACAGGUGAAUCGCGUCCUAUGAAAAAAAUAUGUAUAUCAUCGUCGAAUUCAAAUUCGUUUAAUUCUUAUCACAUGACAUCUAAUGAACCAAAAAACACACAACAUAAUAAAAAUGAUAAAUAUGAUAUAUAUCAAGAUGAUGAGGACCAUUCGAGUAUACACAUAGAUAAGAAGAAGAAGAAAAAAAAAAAAAAAAAUAAGAAUAAUAAUAAUAAUAAUAAUAAAAAAAAGAAGAGUCAAAUAAUUAAUGGUUCAAAUAAAUAUGUGGACCUACAAAAAAUGGAUCAUACUGAUGAUAAUAAUAGUAAUAAUAUAUAUAAUCAUGAUAAUAGUAGUAAUCAUAUAUAUAAUCAUGAUAAUAAUAAUAAUAGUAAUAAUAAUAUUGAUCCAUAUGAUGAAUCUUAUGAUAAUAUAUCAUUUCGUAAACAAAAUAAUGAUUAUAAAAAAUGUAGUGUUAAUAAUUUCAAUACAAAUAAUAUAUUAUAUGCUGGUACGGAUGUUAUAUCAACACUUAAUUUUACAGAAAAUAUUUAUGCUAUAGUUAUAAAUGUAAGUAUAUAUACAUAUAAAGGUAAAUACAUGCAAAAUGUAUUAUUUCCUAAUCCAUUACUUUUUAAAUAUGAUUCUCAAUUACCAAUUGUAUUUAUAUUUACUAUAAUGUUUAGUUUUGUUUGUUUAUAUUUUCAAAUACGUUAUCUAGGUUUAAAUAUGACUUCUAUUUUUUAUACUAUCGGUACUCUUUCUCAAAUAUUACCUGUAUGGACACCUGUUGUCUUAAAUAUAGGUCUUAAUAUUUCAACUAAUAGAUUGAAAAAAGAAAAAGAUAUUUGCUGUAUUGCACCAUCUAGAAUUCCUAUAUGUGGUAAAAUUCGUGUCUUCUUUUUUGAUAAAACUGGAACCUUAACAGAUCAUAAAAUCGAAUUUUCAGGUGUUCAUUUCUGUAAUAAUAUUCUAAAUGAAAAGAAAAAAAGUAUACUCAAUUCUCCUAAUAAUAGUUAUCCUAAUAAAUUAUUAUCAGAUGAUGAUCUCAAACAAAUCAAAAAUCAAACUACUUUAUUAAAUGUAAGUAAAACUUUGAAAAAUAUAUUUACAAAGGGUGCAAAAAAUAAUCAGAACCACAAACAACCAUCUAAGGAAAUCAAAAAGGAAGUCCAAAAUAAAAUAAAUGAAAUUGAUUCUGUCGAAAUAAAUAAUUUUCUUGUUACAAAUAAUGUACAUCUUCCUUCACUUGAAAAUAAAGAAAAUAAUAAUGACUAUAAUAAUAAGAUACAGAGUGUAGAUAAUAUAACACUUAAUGAUGAUAAUUUGAUACAUAGUAUUGAUAGCUUGCUUCCUAACAAUGAUAAUAAUAUAUAUAAUAAUCCUAAUGAGAUGCCUUAUAAUAAUAAUUACAAUAAUGGUAGCUCAUUAAAAUCAUCAAAUUGGAAUCAGUCUAUAGAAAGUCACAUAAAUGUGAAUAAAAAUGAAUAUGCUGAGGAGCAAGAAAAAACGCAACACAUACAAAAUGAUAAUAAUAAUAAUAAUAAUAAUAAUAAUAAUGAUAAUAAUAAUAAUAAUAAUAAUUAUAAUGAUAAUAAUAAUAAUGAUAAUAAUAAUAAUAAUGAUAAUAAUAAUAAUAAUUUUAAUUAUAAUUAUAAUUAUAUUUAUGCUAUAGAAGAUAUACGUAUGGAUUCAAUAGAUAAUACCAAUGCCAAUGACACAAAUAAUGAUGAAAAUAAUAUGGAAAUAAUAUAUGAAGAAAAACAAGAGAAUGAUGUGUUUUAUAAUUCUAAUGAAAAAGAAGAACAUCUUGAUGAAAAUAAUAUGAAUGAAAUAAAAAAAAAUAUCUAUAAAGAACAUUUCGAAAAUAAUAAUACAAAUGAAGAUCAUAAUGGUGAAGAUAAAAUUAAUAUGGAUAAUUAUGAGGAGCUACCUCACAAUUAUUCUAAUGAAAAUACAAAUGAGCAAAAUGGAAACAGCAACAACAACAACAACAACAACAACAAUAACAACAACAAUAAUAAUAAUAGUAAUAAUAAUAAUAAUAAUAAUAAUAAUAAUUAUGGUGAUGAUGAAUUAAACUAUAAUUAUAAUGCUAACCUUCCCCCCCAAUAUGUAGGUAUUGAUGGUAUUCGUGAGGAAGAUUCCUUUGUCAUAGAUGAAAGAAAUAUACAAAUUGAUUAUGAUGAAAAAAAUGGUGAUGAUAGUAAUGCAUAUAAUAACUCAUUUGUUAUUAGUAAUACUGAUAACAAUAAUUAUAUCCAUAAUAAUAUUGAUAAUGUAAAUUAUGAUUAUAAUAAUCACCAAUAUGAAGAUAGAAAUACACAAAAUAAAUAUUUUAAUGAAUCUAAUUCUUCUAUGAAUUCUAUAACAUCAUUACUUUAUAAUAGUAAAUUAAUGUGGACUAAUAAAGUUACUCUUAAUAAUACACCUUCGAAUUAUCAUUUAUUAAUAUAUGCAUUAGCAGGUUGUUCUUGUGUUUAUUAUGAUAAUAAUAAUAUUUAUGGAAAUGAAAUCGAUAAAAGAUUAUGUGAAGCUACAGAUAUGAAAAUUACAAAUUAUAUUAAUGAUGAUAAUAUGAAUAUUAAAAAAAUUUCUUUAAAAAUUAAUAAUAAUACAUAUAAAAAUUUUGAUGUAUUAAAAACAUAUGAAUUUGAUUAUUAUACAAAAAUAUCUACUACCUUAACAUAUGGUAAUUUUGAUUUUAAAGAAAAAAAAUAUAUUGUCUUUUCUAAAGGUUCAUUUGAUAAAAUCUAUAUGAAAUGUAUUAAGAAUGAAGAACUUUAUUUUUUUAAAAAAAAAGAACAAGAAUAUAGUAAAAAUGGUUUCUAUGUUAUAGCUUUAGCAUUCAAAAUUAUUAGUAAUAUGAAAUAUGAACAUAUAUUAGAUUUACCUAGACAAUUAUUGGAAAAAGAUAUGAACUUCUUAUCUCUAAUCAUGUUUAAUAAUCAUAUUAAAAAAGAUGCAUCCAUGGUUAUACAAACUUUAAAAGGAUCUUCAAUUAGACCUGUUAUAUUAACAGGAGAUAAUGCAUAUAAUUGUUUAUAUGUUGGAAAUAAAAUAGGACUAUUUAAUAACGUCAAUUUUUAUGAAUCCUUCUUUUCACUUAAUAUGAAUUCAAGUGGAAAUAACAAAAAUAACAAUAAUAAUAAUAACAAUAAUAAUAAUGAUAAUAAUAAUGAUCACAAUAAUGAUAAUAUAUAUAUUAAUCAAUUAAAUACAAACAAUCAUUUGUCAAAUAUUAAAAAUAUAAAUAGUAGCUCACAUUCAAACAUGUCAAAUAUCCAACAUAACCAUGAUCAAAACAAAAAUACAUUCAAAUCACCCACAUCCAAGUUUUUGUCCUUUGAAAAUUUCUUUAAAUCAGGAAAAAAUAAAAAUAAUAAAAAUAAUAAAAAUAACAAAGAUAAUAACAAAACAGACGAUGAACAUAAUUAUGAAGAUCAUAAUGUAAUGCAUAACCAAUCGGAUUAUCAAUAUAAUCAUUUAUUAAAAGAUGGUACAGAAAAUGUAAAUAAUUUUAAAAAUAAUAAUACUCAGAAAAAUGAAAAACAUAUUUAUGAAAGUAUAGACACUUCUCAAAAAAUUAAUCAAACAUCCAAAUAUAUUCGUAGCAAUCCUGCCAAUAAUAUCACCUAUUCAGAAUUUAAUCCUAAAUAUGAUAUGGAUAAUGAAUAUAGUAAUGAUGAAAAUUCAGCUUUAAUACCUCAUCACGUUAAAGAAAAAAAUAAAAGAAAUAACAAAAAAAAAAGAAAUCAUAUUAUUAACACUCUAACUAAUAAUAAUAAUAUUAGUGAUGCUGAAAAUAAUUCCUUAUAUUCUCAAAGUCAUAUUUAUUUCAAUGAACAGAAACUUUCCAUUUCUAUUAUAAACGAAGAAGAAGAAAAAAAAUUUGAUGAAAAUAUUAUCGUCUAUGGAUAUAUAUUAAAUGAUGAACUUAUAUUUGUUAAUGUACAUAACGAACAAAGAAUUAAUAAAAAUGUUGUAUUAUUUAAAGAUAUAUAUAAAGAAAUAAUAUUAACAGGGGAAGCCUAUACAUAUAUUAGAUACCAUGUUUUUCGAAUUAAAACACCAGAUGAAGAUUUUGAUAGUGAAGAACUUGAAGAAUAUAAAAAUUUCUUAUUAAGAGUUAGAAUAUUUUCAAGAUUAACACCAAAUAAUAAAAUAGAAGUUAUAAGAGAUUUUAUAAAAUUUGAUUAUAUAUCCGGUAUGUGUGGUGAUGGUAGUAAUGAUUGUGGUGCUUUAAAAAUUUCGCAUGCAGGUUUAGCAUUAUCUAAUUUAGAUACAUCUGUAGUUUCUCCAUUUAGUAGUAAAAAUGAAAAUUUAAAAAGUGUAAUAGAUAUAUUAAGAGAAGGUAGAGCUUGUUUAGUUACAUCUAUUAAUUGUUAUAAAUAUAUGCUUCUAUAUGGUUUUAUGAUUUCUUUUAUUAAAAUUCUAUUAUUUAUGAAUGCUCAUGCAGUUAUGUCAGAAUAUGGAUACUUAUUCUUUGAUAAUGUUAUUUUAUUAUUAUUAGCUAAAUCAAUGACUUUAUCAAAACCUGCAUGUAAAUUAAAAACACAAACACCAACAUCAAGUAUUAUAGGUGCUCAAACUAUAUUAUCUUUAUUAUGUACAUUACUUGUUAAUUUCUUCUUUCUAUAUUCUAUCAUAUUCUAUUUCUUACCUAUUAAUAAUUUGCCUUCAUCAUAUCAAGCAAAUAGUUCAGCACCAAAAUCAUCAUGGUGGUUGAUGAGUGAUAAUUAUGAAAGCUUCCUUGCAUGCAUCUGGUUUUGUUUUCAAAUUGUUAACAGUGCAUUAAUUUUAACCUUUGGUGGAAAAUACAGGAAACCUAUCUUUACUAAUUAUACAUUUAUGACGUAUUACGUUUUAAUAAAUAGCUUUUUAUUUUAUUUAACCGUGGGAGGACCAAACAGAUUAACAUGCCUAUUUCGUAUGAAUUGUAAUGAUGAAAUUUCAAAAAUCACCAAAUUCAAAUUUCUAGAAUUAAUAUCUUAUUCAGCUAGCGGUUUAAGUUUUUAUGGACCUCACGGACAUAACAUUCUAAGUACGAGUCUUAAAAUAAAAUUUUUACUUCUUAACUUUGUAAAUAUAGCUGUCAAUAUUUUUAUUUCCAAAUAUAUCUUAUGUGAAACUUUAUAUAAUGUAGUCCGUAGAUUUUUUAAUUUUAAAAAUAGAAAGGUCCCCAUAUAA